AUGCCAGACAAGCAUAAAUUCGUGCAGCUCAAGGAUGAGGGCGUGCCGUCAGCGCCGAAGCGCUGGAACACAGCGACGCCGCCCUCCGUCUCGCGCAAGGGCUCGGUGCAGCACCUGUGGGACGAGGCGGACUCGUCUGCGCGCAAGCUCGCCGCACAGGCUCGGACGCGCGACUCGUUGAGCCAGUCGCCCGUGCUGCGCAGCCCGAGCGGCGCCGCAAUCAACUCGAUGGCCAUCCUCAAGCGGACGCACACCGCUCCGACAUCAAGCAUCGCCGCCGCCGCCGCGGACGCCGCGUCGGCGCGAGGGUCGGCGCGUGGCAGCUGCUUCUCUCCGCCGCCGCUCCCUCCGAGGGACGCGUCGAGGGACCUCUCCGAGGAGGAGGCGGACGAGGAGGGCGGGGCUGCUGGAGGCGACUUCGCCGCCCUCGGCGGAGGAGGAGAGCGGGGAGCGGUAGCGGUCACGCGGCGCUCGUCGCGCGUGCAGCGGUACGGCUCGUACGAGAGCGACUCGUCCUCCCGCGGGGCGGAGAAGGGGUGGGACGGGAGGUCGGGCACCAAGGCCUCCUUCGGCUCGGGUCGAGCGCCCAUCCGGGCAGGCCCGCCCUCGGCUCCUCUCAUCCUGGCGCGCUCCUCUUUCGGGAUGUCGAAGCGAGGCCUCUCCACCUUCGACGCCUUCAUGACCACCUGCGAGACCAUGUGGGGCGUCAUCAUCUUCCUCAAGUUCGGAGGCCUCGUCAUCUCCUCGGGCCUCCUCGUCACCCUCGCCGUCAUCGCGACCUGCACCGCCGUCCAGGUGCUCAACUCUCUCGCCUGCUCCGCCGUCGCCACCAACGGACUCCACUCGGGCGCGUACCAGCUGCUCGUCGCCAACCUCGGCACGACUUGGGGCACCGCCACCUCGCUGCUGUACUACCUGGGCAUGUCUGCUCUAGCGACCGUCGAGAUCUGCGGCGCUGUGGAGGCGGUCGACGCGGGCCUUGAGGCGGAGGCGUGGGGCCCGGACGUGGUCACGGAGUCUCAGUACUACGACGAGGGCUUGCUCGGUUCGGCGGCGCUGGUGCUGCUAGCGCUGCUGCGCGGCUUCAACUCACACGCCGUCCACGUCAUCGGGGUGGUGGUCAUCGUCGUGCUCCUCCUCACCCUCGCUUCCACCCUCGCCGGCGCACUGCGCACCUUCUCGCUCUCCUCCCUCCAGUCCAACCUCCUGCCGCCCCGCGGCGAGGACGCGAUGGGGUACACUGAGCUCUCUUACCUUUUCACCUUCAUCUACCCGUGCUUCGCCGGGCUCUUCCAGUCCGUCAACAAGGCGGCCGAGCUGCGGACUCCGUACGUCUCCGUCCCGCGCGCCAUGCUCGGCGCCGUGCUCUUCACUGGCAUCGGCCUCUCCCUCAUCGUCGUCGCCAUCGCCGCCUCCGCCCCUCGCGGCGAGCUCUCCGAGACCGACUUCCUGCUGCACGCCUUCCCGUCCAAGUACGUCGGGCUGGGCGGCACAGUCGUGGUCGGGAUCGGCUCGUGCGUCUCCUGCCUCGACGUCGCUCCGACCAUCCUCCGCACCAUCGCCGCGAGCGGCCACGUGCCAGGCGCCGAGUCGCUCGGGCUGCACCUGCUGUCGGGUCGCCACUCGGAGCCUCAGCGCGCCACCGCCUUCACGCUCCUGCUCGCCGUCCCCUUCGCGUGGCUUGGCGGGCUCGAGAUGGUCGCCCUUAUCGCGGCGAUGCUCUUCCUGCAGAUGUACCUCACGAUGGACCUGGCGCCGCUCAUGCUGAUGGCGGUCGUCCUCCUUGGCUUCGUCAUCUCGACGGCCUCCGGCGACGACGAGCUCGGUGCCGGCGCCGCCACCACCGGCCUCUUCUACACGAUCGCGCUGCAGGCCUUGCACGCCAUCGGGGAGGACGUGGCGCUGCAGGACGCCGACGGCGCGAGGGAGGCGCCACAGUCGUGGCGGCCGCAGCUGCUCUGCCUCCUCCCCUCCCCCUCCACGAUCGGCACGUCGUACUCGCCCGCCUCCCUCUCUGCCGACACUGCGGCGGAGGAGGACGAGUCUGCUCACGACCGGCGCGCGCUCGGCCAGCGGCCUCCGACGCGGGAGGAGGCGAGGCUCGACGCGGAGGCGGGCGAGGUGCUCGCGCUGGCGCACCACCUCAAGGAGGGGCGCGGCGUCACCAUCUGCGCCACCGUCGUCACGAGCGGCUCGGAGCUGUGCUCUGAGCGCGAGCUCUUCGUCGCCGCCAAGCACCGCCUGCUCCGGCUCGCGGAGCGAGCCCGCGUCAACGCCUUCACCGACGCCGCAGUGAGCCCCUUCUUCGGCCUCGCUGCCGGCGUGCUCUUCAACGCGGUCGGCGUCGGCGCGCUCCGUCCAAACACGCUGCUGGUCGGCUGGCGGUUCCGCCGCACCGGCCCCGAGCUGCCGUCCUCCAAGCCGUCGCUCUCGUCGGACGGGUCCGGCGAGCUGGCGGAGCUGUCAGCGUGGCGGAGCCUCGACCAGCGGCUCGGCCUCUCGCCCCCCUCUCUCGAGCGCGCGAUCGGGUUCGGCAAGGCGGCGCUGCUGCUGUGCACGCACGAGGGCGAUUUGCCGUGGGACCGAGGGUACAUGCCCUCGCACCCGCUCUCGGUCCGGUCCACGAUCGACGUGUGGUGGGUCGACCAGUCGGGCGCUCUGCCGCUGCUGAUCGCGCAUCUGCUGCAGCGGCACGAGGCGCUCUCGCACCUGCCGGGCGACGGAGACCUCGGCCUCGACGUGGACCACCCCGACGCGAGCACGACCGAGCUGCGGCUGCGCCGCUUCCUCAAGCUACUCCGCAUCCCGGCCUCGCACGUCGAGGUGGUCCGCGAGCUGGUCAACCUGCAGGAGGGCGGAGGCGACGCCCACUCCUCGCUGCGCCGCUCGCCGCCCGCCUCCAAGGAGCCCUCCAUGGAGGCGUCCAUCUCCAUCGAGGAGCAAGCAAGCGCGACGCCCGUCGGGGUGCCAGUCGCGAGCCCGCUCUACCGGGGCUCCUCCGGACCUGUCCUCUCCGACCCCGCCACGGCAGCUUCCCCGGCCGCCGCGCCGAGCCCGUGGAAGCGAGCGGGCGCCGCCGUGCGUGCGCACGCGCGCUUCCGCGGCGACCCUUCCGAGGCGGCGGGGGCGGUCGGCGCCGAGUUCUCGAGCGUGGAGCGCAAGACAGCGCUGAUGCAGUACGCCGACGGGAUCGACUCGCAGACGGCGAUGAUCCGCCUCUCCGCUUUGCCAUCUAAUGCGCACACGCUGCUCGUGGUCACCGACUUGCCUCCGCCCGACGAGCUGCACGCGGCGUCGCCUCUCUCCUACUCGUCCCUCCUCCGCACGGCGUGCGACGGCGCGCCGCCCACGCUCUUUGUGUACGGCGGCACUGCCCACGCGGAGCCAGAGGCGUACGUGGCACACGGGUAG